ACAGCGCUCAGGAGCGGACGCGUGCACACCAGAGCGACACUGGAAAUACGUGCGCCUGCUUUAAAGAGACACACGGGACAAAAGAGCAUCUUUACUAAAACAAGAUCUACUUCCCGUUAAAAAGCCAUGGCCGAGCACAUGAUGAUGCCUUUGAACCACAGCUCUGCUGGUGGAGGCCUGCAUGGGUAUCGCAUGGGAAUGAAUGGGCCCUCUCCACAUGUACCCCAGCCUGGUCUACGGACGCUACCCAACGGGCAGCUCAUGCACUACGGCAGGGGCCCCCAAAGCUCUAUGGAAGCAGCUAUGAGGCAGAGGAAUGCGAUGAAUGGCAUCAUGAAUGGUCAGGUCAAUGGGCAGAUGGGUGGUGGACACCCCCACCAAAUGCAGCAGGCCAAUAUGAUGUAUGGAAGUCCAAAUCAACCUCAAGCACAGCACCAUCAUAUGCAUCUGCAGAACCAGCACCCACAGCAGUAUAUGGGUGGUGGAGGCCUUACAGCAUCUCAACAGCUUAUGGCGAGCAUGCAUCUACAGAAACUCAAUACUCACUACCACGGGCACCCACAUGGCCCAGUCAAUGGGCAUCACAUGGGAAAUGGGGUCCAGCACAGAAUGGGCCAUGCCCAGUUGGCGGGGAUGCAAAUGGGCAUGGGUGGUCCAGCAUUGGGCCUCAACUUCAUGGACAUGGACUUGAUCGACGAGGAGGUUCUGACGUCCCUGGUGCUAGAGCUUGGUUUGGACCGGGUUCAAGAGCUGCCUGAGCUCUUCCUAGGACAAAAUGAGUUUGACAUUAUCACAGACUUUGUGUGCAAGCAGCACCCAAGUACUGUCAGCUGCUGAGAAGACAAUCAGAAGUUCUACUUCUGGUCCUUCAGGCUUGGUCACCAAUAAAACUUUGGGACAACAUAAGAAAAGCUAAAAUAUUCCAGGUUAUGCAUUACUCUGUGUGUCUGUGAAGUUGUGCUAUGCAUAUCGUAGUGCACACUUAAUCUGUUUGCUUUCAAUUAAUGGUUGAGUUAAAUUCUUGCCAAGAAUUCUGGAUGGUCUUUACUCUUUUAAAAACUGUCCACUGUGAUUUGCCAGUUAAAGUAUGGCUUUGGUAGGCAGGCCUUGUCUUUUCCCAAUAGUCCUGCUGGGUUGAUGUUGACCAACUGUCCCAGAGUUGAAUGUAACUUCACAUGGUGGAAAAAGAAGUGUGCUUGGAUUAAUGCAGGAACUGCUUUGCCUCCUUAGGGGCAACUAGAAUCUAUAGCAUUUAGAAAUGUAUUUAUGUAUGACACCUACCAAAAAGCAGACAUGAUCUGUGGUGAUGGAGAAACCUGCCUUUCUCAAACUAACCCCAAGACUUGUGAUAAAAAAGAUGUUGUCUGACUGAGUGUGUUAUGUGGGUAUUGAAGGCUGGUACUUCAAAACUGGUGGAGCUGCUUUUCCAGUAAUUCUUAAUGUUGUUUGAAUUAGUGAGGUGGUAAGGAUUUAGGUUGAAGCAUUCUUUUUACAGUGUUACACUGUUCAUUUUCUGUCUAGAACUUUUCAAAAUCUAUAGCAAAAAUUAUACAGUUGCAUUCAACACACUUAUCUCUGCUACUUUUAACAGAAUAAGGGGUCGUUCACACAGGAUACAUUGUUUCAUUCAAAGCAGCUGGAAGGAGCCAGCAUGAUCACAUAGGAAGUCGACAUAUUGCUACUGAAUGUUCCAGUAUCCUGACCCCUUGAACCCAAUCUGUCAAAUUACUGACAAGCGACAUUUCCCAUCAAAUAUUUUUGCAUCAGUUUGAAUGUUUACAUUUUCCUAUGGCGCUAUUGAUAGCACAUUGCGGCAGCAGCCUCAGAGACACAAGUUCUAGUCCCGCAUUGAAACCAGGAAGUAAUCACGUUCAGAUCAUCAAUGACAAUAGCGAUUCUGAGGUUAUAUUUCCCUUCAAGAUUACAUUUUUACUCUACUGACUGUUAGGAUUAGGGUUGGGGUUAGGGCACAUGAUUUGUAAAAUAUGCACUCCUGUUGACUGUUUAACAUAAUUUACAACUAAAAACAAUUAACUUUUGUUGCCCCUUUGAGGAGAUUUCUCCCGAAAAUUCUACUGGAAGCUUACACAUGCCCAUACAUUCAGCAACACUACCAGCUUCAGCCACUGGGGCAGUGGUUUGAAUUUCAGUAAGAACGGUCUGAUUUUAACUGAAAUUUUGACUUACCAUUGCUAAAUUAGAUCAGUUUGAUGGAGGACAGUGAAAUGUAACAAAACACAGUGGUCUCAAUAGUGUGAGAUGUUGAAAAAUCAGCAAGACACAAUACAACAGCCAAUGUGUACUUGUGUGCGUGGACCAAAUAGCACAGUCAGAACACAAGAACAUGUUCUGUGUGAACACCCCCUAACUUAAAUUGUGUCUUAAAUUGAAAAUGGCGGAAUGUUUUGUAGCUGCCCUUGCUAAUCACUGAGCCUGUAUUCCCUGCUGAUGAGUUGUAGAUCUGCCAUUGAGUUCUUUGACACACAACUUCGAAUUAUUCGCUGUAGACAUUCGUACCUGAUGCCAUGGAAUAGAAGCUACUUUUAGUAUGAUUUAAAGAGGGAAAAUCUGGCUUCUUCCCAUCUGAUAUGGAGUAUUUCACCCUUCAUCUCAUAGGGUUAGCUCAUGUAGGGCAAAUUUAGACAGAAAUGGGUAAGCUUAAAAUAAGCUUAUCUAGUUCUGUGUAAAUUAAACAGAAUGUCAUUUGUUUAACUAUUGUUUUGAAACAACCACCAUUGUUCGAUUUCUCAAUAUGUGUUUGAGCCAGCAAGAAUUGACUUUUCCCUCUGUGCUGCCCUAACACUGCAGCUUUUAAAUUUGAUUAGAUUAAAAUUACACUUGCAACCAUCUUCUUAAUUGAGUUCAGCAUAGUCAGUCAUCUCAGAUGGUUUGAUAAUUACAAUUAAUUUGCCUGCUAUUGCACAGGGUGUAUUGGAGAGUUCAGGAACGGCUGCCCUGCUUGAGUGUAGCGGAUGUUGAGAACUUCCUGUGGCGUUAUGUUGGUGGUUGUGUUCAGUUGAGUACUCUGUGGGGGUUGGGUUGAUGUGGAAAUAGCACAGUGUACAGUAGUAGGUUAAUCUGUUCCACCGAGCUGGACUCAACUCUCUCGGCUCUACCCACCCCAGGGUAAUUGCUGCACAUACGGCAUGUACAAUACACUGACUGAAAAAAGCACAAACAGGGAAGGACAGAGAAUCAGAUAGGUCAUAUCCUGUGUUUUGCAGCUCAAAAUGUGCUGAUUGUUCUGUGCUUUGAUACUUAAUGAACAGAGGGAAUCAUUUCUGGUUAGUUGUAUUUCAUGUGUCUGUAGAGACUGCAAUGUCUUCCCCAAGAUCAUUGUUCUGUAAUUCACCACGCUUGACUAAUUUUAAAGUAAACAGCAUCUAGGAAAAAUUUCAUGAUUUGUGGAUUUUGAAUUGAUUGAAUUCUCAGAGAUCCAGUCCAAUUGUCAGAGAUCCUCCUUUUUUUUCUUUUUUUAAAGGGGGAAUGUGUGAAACAUAAUGUCAUUUGGGUUUUUGUAUAUCUGUGUAUGGUAAAUCACACAACCUCCCUACAGAUCAGUUCCGAAUGCCAACUGCAGGUUUGUAUGGACACAAGUGAGAUUGUAUGUUCCCUUUCAAACUGUUUGCUGUUAUUUGCUGUCGCCAUGCUCCCACAAAUGCUUUUUAAAAUGUUGUUAAAUCUAUCUUAAUGAAAUGU